AUGUUUGAAUUAUCCGAUAAUUUCAAUGAAAAAUCUAGAACAAUGAUAAGUGAACAAAUGAAACAACAAUAUUAUUUAUUACAAUAUGAUAAAGAGACAAUAUCAAAUAUUUUAAGUCUAAUGAAUAUUCAUUAUGCAUUGAACUAUUUUCACAACAAUAUCAAUAAUAAUAAUUAUUUUGAUUUUAUGAAUAAUAUUCAAGAAAAGUCAACUGUUGAAUAUUUGAAAUCUUUAGCGCCAAUCAAUAAUGCAUAUACAGAUUAUCCAUUUUGGUCAUCUAUGCUAAUAUCAACAGCAGCAACUGCUACAGCUGAUCCAGUGAUGAUGACGACAACAACUGCUACCUCAGUACUGACACCAAUAACUUCUGCCAAUAUACCAUCAACAAUAAUAUCACCAAUUAAAUCAAUAUCCUCAUUAUCUAUGAUAACAAAUGAAAAUUCACAAAAUAAUAUUUGUAAAAUGAAUUAUGAAGAAGAGUUUUUUAAUAAAUUACUUCAAUGUACUUUGAUACAAAAUGAAAAUGUGACUUUUAAUGAAAUGGAACCAACAAAUUUAUCCAAUUCAUCAUUGUUAUCAUUCUGUUCCACAAAUUCAACAACAUCAUCAUCAUCCUCAUCCUCAUCCUUAUCAUCAUCAAGUGUGAAUGAACAAAAGAUCAAUGGAUUUUUUGUUAAAGAUAUAUUGAACUUUGAUAAGCAUAAAUUUAUUCAACAACAAAAACCUAUAAUGACUAAUGGUAAUUUAGAAAAAGAUAUUGUGAUUAGAAGAAGAGAUGAACAGAAAGACGUAGACAAAAUACAAGGGAAACGAAAUAAAGAUGAUGAUGAUGAUGGAACUGAAUCUAAAAUUAAUAAAUCUAAACUAAUCGAUCAUAAUCAUUGUCAUUAUGAAUGUGAUUGUAUUAUUAAAGAGCUUAAAGUUGACCAUUUACAAAAGACUAAAUUGAUGAAUAAAUGUAUUGUAGCACCAGAAGACGAAGUAGAAGAAAGUAUUAAGAAUAACAACAACACUAAUACUACUACAACAAAUACUACUGAUAAUAAUGAUAAUAAUCAUAAAAAUUGUUUACAAAAAAUAUUCAAUGACAAUGGAAUGAAAUUAAAAUCUAAUCGUUGUUAUAAUAAUAAGAAAAUUAGUUCACGUUGUAGAACAAAUGAAUUAAUAUCAACGAAUAAACUUAAUGCCAAUGAUUCCUCUAAUAAAUUACAGUUACCAGCUUGGGUUUUUUGUACCAGAUAUUCUGAUCGUCCAUCAUCGGGUCCGAGGGUCAGAAAACCGAGAAUAAAUCGUUCACAUGAUGAACUUAAUUCAAAGCGGCCGCGUACUUCAUUCACGGUACCACAACUGAAGCGUCUAAGCCAAGAGUUUGAAAAAAAUCGAUAUCUUGAUGAGAUACGUCGAAAGAAAUUAGCUACAGAAUUGAAUUUAAGAGAAUCUCAAGUGAAAAUAUGGUUCCAAAAUAAACGCGCGAAAACUAAGAAGGCAUCGGGUGCACAAAAUUGCUUAGCAUUGCAUUUAAUGGCUGAAGGACUUUAUAAUCAUUCAGUUCGAGUUCGUUCUGACGUAGAAGAAGAUGCAGAAGACAGCGAUGAUAUGAAUACCUCUGAGUGA